AUGAGAUCCAUUUUUGUUUAAAGAUAAGAAGCAUUAUUAUAUGCAUAAUUCUAUUGGAAUUAUUCAUCUUUAACCUUAUAUAUAUGGGAUGAAACCUAUUAUAAAAAUAUUAGUAGUUGGAAACAUCAGAUUGUAGAUUUUGAUAUUUCAGAUAAAGGAUUUAUUUAUAUAUUAGUACCUAAUUUAGGAAUUUAUUAAGUAGUGAUAGAUAAAGAAUUUUAAUUCAAUAUUUUAACAAUACAUCAUUCAAUUCAAAAUCUACUUUCUAUAACUGUUGGAACCAGUAUUAAUUUAAACUCAUAAUGGGAUACAUUAAUAAUUACAAAUUAUGAUUAUUAUUCUUCUGUUUAAAAAUUUAUUGCAUGGGAAAAUUCUAUUAGUUUUUUAGGCAAUUUUAUCUUAUCUUAUUUUGACUUUAAUCUUAAUUCUAUCUUACAAGUAUAAAUUAGUUAGUAUUUUUUAAUCAUUUAACAAGAUAAUUACUUUACUGUCAAUUCAGCUGACAUCAUAUAUUAAUCUCAAGAUCGUAAUUUCGAAUUAUUCAGAUUUUCUAGAGAUAGGAAUAAUAUAACAUAAAUUUAUUCGUAUUUAGAUCCAAAUACCAACCGUUUUUAUGAAUUCAGCAAUCAAUUAACUAUUUCAACUCUACAAAAUCCUUAACUCAGAGGAACAUUUGAUUCUUUUAUUUCUUUUGGUACAUUUACAAUUUCAGCAUUUGAAAUUUAAUUACCAUUUUUUUAUCCAUUUUGUAAGAUUUAAAUUGUAUAUAAACUUUUGUCAAAAAAUGAUAGUAAUAUUUAUUAGGUAUAUAAUUAGAAAUUUCCUAAAGUCAUUAUGUAAAAUUCAAUUGUUUAAUAUGCUAUAGAUAGUUAUUCAGGCCCUCUUUAAAAAAUAAUUGCUAAUCUAUCUGAUCCUAAAUUAGGUGAGUUUGUUGACUAGACUUUUUAAUUAUUAAAUAUUUAAAUUGAUUAAUAAUUUGAUUUAGUCAAAUUAUUUUACAAUAAUUAACUUUCUAGAGAAGGUAUGAUUUUAGUAGGAACUCAAAAAAUGAAUUUGUAUUUUUAUAUUUGUUAGAACAAUUAUACCUGUAUGCAGAUCUACAAUAAUACAUUCAAUGAAAAAAUUCAUUCCAUAGAAAUUUCAUUUUAUUUUUUGACUAAUUUUACUGUUGCUAUUGAUUAAGGUAAUUUUGGAUUAGUAAUAAUCUAAGCUAAUUAUAGUGGGUCAAUAUUUAAUCAAAAUGUUGUUUUUACAGAAUCGAUUGUUUGUUGUUAACCUUUUAGAUAAUUUUUAUUAACAUACUAAAAUUUAGUAAUUCUUACUCCAGAGAACAGAAUUCUUAUAACUUCAUUUAAGUAAGAUUUGAUGUUCACUUUAGAUGAAGAAAUAGUGAAUCAACUUUUCUUCAAUUUAAUUCAAAAACGAUUUUAGUUUCAUCCCUAAUAAAUUACAUCUAAUUAGUAAAAUUAAGCUACAACUAUUUAUAUUAAUAAUAGAGAUUGUUUUCUCAUUAUCGAUAUAUUAUAUAACAAUACCAUUCUUCCUAUUAGUAUAACUUUUGUUGAUCAAGAGAUUUAUUCAUUAAAUCUCGUGAAUGAAUAAUUAAUAGUUUCAAAUUUAGUAGAAGAUAAUAUUUUAGAAUUCAAUGUAUAUAAAAUUUACAAUAUUUUUCAUCCUGAAUUUUAGAAGUAAUUACCACCUACAUAAAUUAAGAAAGGCACUCCAAUUUAUUCUGAUGAUGCUCAUCUAUAUGUACAUUCAAGUGAGGAUGACAUGUUAGUUUAUAGUCCUGCUUUACCUUAUCAUAGUUCACUUUACUAUAGAUUCAAAUUUGAAGGCAAUUAUUUUAGUUGUAUCGAUAUUAAUUACACAUCUUUUGUUACUUUUUCAAAUACAUAUCAUUUAUUACACAUAGAAUUUACUUAAUAAUUUAUUAGUAAUAACGUUAUCAAUCCAACUUAUAUCUCAUAAUUAGAUUAAAUAUUUUUUGUGAGUUCUGAAUUAAAUUAAUAAUCUAAAAUGUUCUAUGAAGAUACUUUAUACAUUAUAAAUCCAUUAACUUAUAUUGAAAUAGAUGAAAAGAAUUUAACAUAUGAUUUUCAAAAGGGUGAUAGAUUUAGAAUUGAUUUGGAUAAUCUAUUUAAUUUUUAAAUUCUCUAAUAUCAAUUAUAAUUAGAUUUAGAAGAUUUCAAAGAAGCAAGCAUUUAAUGUACAUUAAAUUAAUACUUCCAAGGAUAAUCGAAUUAAAGUUUUCCAAAUUUCACAAUCUUAAUAAACAUGAAUGAUUAAUUCUAUCUUUAAAAUAACUCCUCUAUUAUAGGAUUAUCUUCAGGUUAAUAAGUAUUGUAUCCAUAUUAUUAUUCUAAAUGUUUAGCCUCUGCAUCAUAUUAGAAUUAUAUUUACUCUAUUUGUCUUAGUAAUACAAUAACAUUUCUAAUGAAAUUUGAAGUCUAAGAAAAUAAUAAUAUUACUCAACUUUUUCCAUAUGUUGAGCUGCCUUUAUCAUGUUAAAUAAUUAAAAAAAUGAUCUAAUUUUAAAAUUUGAGUUUUGUGCUUGGACAGAAUAUAAUUUCAAGUGAAUUUGAGUACAUUUACAUUUACAAUCUAUAUAGUUUAAAUAAUAUAUCAGUAUAGAAUAUAUCAUGUAAGAAAGGAAUUCAAGAUUUCUCUAUUUAAUAUCUAUAUAAUCAUACUUAAAAUUCACAAAUAAUUGCAGUAUUUUUUAUUUGUGAUAAUUAAUUAUAUUAUAAGUUAGGAUAUCUAAAUUUAAGCAAUAAUACUUUUGGGUUAGACAGGGAUUAUCAUAAUGUUAUUUUCAACAAUAAAAAACUAUUAUUAUUAAAAUAAACGGCUUUGUUAUAAAUAAUUCCUUUAGCAAUAAAGUUUAAUGAAAUUUUAUUAGUUUUAACAACAACAAAUGCUACUAAUUUCAUAUUCACAAUGACUUUCAGUAGAGAAUUAUAUGUUAAGAAUUAAUUGCAAUUAUAGGACAUAGUUUAAUCAAUACCUCCAUAUGGGAAUUAUACGCAAUAGUAUUUUGGGAUUGCAAAUAAGGGAAUACUCAUAUUGUUAUUUACUUCUAUGAAUGAACGUAUUUUAGCUGUCUAUAAUUAUACUAUGAUAUAAACCAAUAUUAGAAAACCAUUAAUGAUGAUGGGAGGACUUAAUUAAUCACUUCCGAAUCCUUAAGGAGUAGGAAUUUCUAUUGUUUCAAAUCAUUUAGGAGGUUAAAUUAUAGAUUUGACCAAUGGAAUUGUAAAUACAUACAAUAUAAGUAAUUCUAAUUAUAUAUUCUGUUAAUCUAAUUAUGUUACUCAUACUGAUUAAAAAUAUAUAUUAAGUCUUUCGAAUUCUUUUAGUUCAGAUUAAAUAAGAUUGAUUUUCCAAUAUAAAAAAGAAGGGACAACUUAUUGGAUUUAUAUUCUUUUAACAAUGGUUAUAAUAAGUUUGUUAAGCUUAUUUUAUGUGUAUAGAUAAAAGAUGAAGGAAAAAUAAAAUGAUAUAGGAGAAUAAUCUGAUGAGUUUGAGCUUUGA